AAGCGAGAUAUUUGCAUUCGUACAGCGCAGAACUUGCAGUUAUAUCGCAGCAACGUUGCGGCAUUGUUGUAUGGACAGUACGCUAGCAGAUUGGCAGCGAAUUCGAGCGGAAUUCCGCGAGAAAACCAUAGCCACCCUUGUGUGCGCGCCAAGCUUUUCUGUGUUCUACAGCACAAAGGACCCCGUCGCCAUGCCGUCAGUUCGCAGGAUGAUCCUGGGCCACGUGAUGUCCGGCUUGUACAACAAGAUGUGCCGCCGGAAGAAGCUGGAAGGCGACUUGCUCGAGACGCCGAUGAAGCGGUGUCUCUCCACCUUCGACAUCACGCUGCUCGGCGUGGGUCACAUGGUCGGCGCCGGGAUUUACGUGCUGACGGGAACGGUCGCGCGCGACAUGGCUGGACCUGGGGUGAUGUUCAGCUUCCUCGUGGCCGGUUUCGCUUCCGUUUUGGCGGCCCUCUGCUACGCCGAGCUGGCCGCCCGAGUACCGAAAGCGGGCAGCGCGUACAUCUACACUUACGUCUCCGUCGGCGAGUUUUGGGCCUUCAUCGUGGGCUGGAACCUCAUCUUGGAGCACGUGAUCGGCGCGGCGUCUGUGGCGAGAGCUUGGAGCGGAUACGUGGACUCGCUGAUAGGCGGUGCGAUUGGCAAUUAUACUCGCGAAAUGAUGGGCGGAUGGACCAUGGGAGAGCCGCUGGGCACCUUCCCGGAUGUCCUCGCCAGCGGAUUAUGCCUGGCUUACGCGUUGCUCUUGGGAGUGGGGGUGAAGGCCUCGGCGACGGUCAACUCGUUGCUGACCAUCAUCAACCUCGCGGUGAUGGGUCUGGUUGUCGUUUUGGGCAUUUAUUACGCGGACAUUACGAACUGGAGCAGCGAGAACGGUGGUCUUCUACCGUAUGGCUUCGGCGGCAUAAUCACGGGUGCAGCAACAUGUUUCUACGCCUACGUCGGCUUCGAUUCGAUCGCGACCUCCGGGGAGGAGGCUCGCGAUCCGGGACGGAGUAUUCCGCUGGCGACGAUGCUCUCGAUGGCGAUAGUGACUGUUGGGUACAUGCUGGUCAGCGGCGCCCUGACACUGGUCGUCCCGUACUGGGAGAUUAAUCCCACCGCCGCUCUUCCGGAAGCCUUUUCGUCCAGGGGUAUCCCGUGGGCUAAAUACGUGAUAAGUGUGGGUGCCCUUUGCGGGAUGACGACGACUCUCUUUGGAUCACUGUUCUCUCUCCCGAGGACGUUGUACGCCAUGGCAAACGACGGUCUGUUAUUCGGCUUCCUCGGUCGUAUCAGCGAGCGCACGCAAGUGCCGGUGUGCAAUCUCAUCAUAAGUGGACUAUUCAGUGCCUUAAUCGCUCUACUAUUCGAUCUCCAACAUCUGGUAGAGUUUAUGUCGAUCGGGACGCUGAUCGCGUACACCAUCGUGGCGAUCAGCGUUAUCCUGCUGAGGUAUCUGCCCGAGCAACAGCCGCCCGACCAAUCCAACGUUGGUACGCCGAGCAGCGGCUGUUCCUCGCCACCCACGGAAGAAGCGGACUCCAGCAGCAUCGCGUCUGUCAAGUCCGAACUGCUGUGCGAAGGAUCUGGCAGAUUCAAGCCGCGAUACGCCUGGAUGGAAGACUGGCUGGAGGAUUACGAUACUCGGCACGUCAUAACCGCUUGUCUACUUAUCUACACGACAACCUGCGCCUUCCUCAGCACUUUUAUGAUAAUAGCAUUCGAAACGACAAUUCCGUUUACGAAGAGCGAUUACCUGUUUGCAGCGAGCUAUCUUCCGCUACCCAUCGCGAGUCUAUUCGUAAUUGGCGCUCACAGGCAAAAUCCAUCCACCGGGAAAUUCCGAGUGCCGCUGGUACCCGUGGUACCAGCGUUAAGCAUCCUCUUCAACGUCGGUCUGAUAAUGCACUUGUCUUCAAUGACGUGGCUACGGUUUUUCGUGUGGAUGACAGUCGGAAUGAUGAUCUACUUUCUAUACGGCAUCCAUUAUAGUAAAGAAGCCGCCGCUACUCCAAACUCAUAUUCCGUUUUGAUGGCCACCUCAGAAGCCGAGAAAGGCACAAAGUGGGGUUCCACGUUACGAGCUAGUCCGAAGGAUGAUAAGGCACCUAUUCUGGACGACAGGGAACUGGUUGAUUAGAAAUAAGCUAUACAUUUUUAUCAAUUGUUUUCCUUAUCCAGCUCGCUGGUGGAGCCGCGGAAAUAGCUUUUAAAUUUUAAAUAAGCUAUUUAAGCUGUCAACAACGAAACGUUCGUACACAAGACUGUAUACAAAUGCGAAUUAUAACGCAGGCUAGUGCAGCGGAAUAUGCAGGACAUGUUUCAUCUUCAACAGUUUUAUUAAUUUUAAUGCGGUUAACGCAUAAUUAGUGCAUCCGGCUAUUUAAAUGUCGCAACGUGUUUUAUAUGCAAAAUCCAUUCCGCGUUUUUCGUUUACAUUUACUGCGUUUCCUACUUCGGCGGCUCCACUUUACAUGUUGCUUGAAAUUCAAAGUUUAUGGAGUAUAUUUUGUAAAUAUUGACCUUAGAGGACUUUUUUAACUCAUGCAUCUUGAAGUCUCCGCGAGAAAGUUUUGUCUGGUACAAAAAGAAACUAUUUUUGGUACUUAGCUUUAUCUUGUUCGACUAUUUACGGCAGCGAUUCUUAUAAUUUCAAGCUCGUAUAUUUACUUCUUAACACAAUCAACGAAGCAUUAUCGUUCUUUCCUGUUUAGAUGACUAUUGUUAUUACAUGAUCGCAAAAUUACGCGAUAUGUUCUACGAAAAACUGUUUCGUGUUGCUAGUACUUAACGAACUUGAAGAGAAACAUAUAACUUAUCUUAGUUUGUCUAUUUUAUUACGCACAAAUUCGACUAUCGAUGAGAACUUGUCGAUCAUUUUUCUCAUUUCACAAAUUUUAGCACAAAUAUUAAUUAAGAAUGUUCUUUCCGUUGUUAUGGCACGAAUGUGACCCAACUGUCUCGUUAUCAAUUAUAUUAAAAUUCAAUAAAUAACAAUUUACCUGAUUUGGCAUAAACUUACGUCCGUGCAAUCGAAUCUGGAAUUGUGUCGGGUAGAUCUAAUGCAAAUGUAUGAAUCUCCCAAUAGACUCUUAUCACAACGAUUGUGUGAGUUAAGAAUAAUUUAUUAGCACAGUCUUGUUCAUCAAUGCCUGGACCUGCAUUUUUAUCAUUAUUUUUCUCAUCUAUACAAGUCACUGAGUUUCAGGCUGUAUGCGUGUACUAGUCUGAAACUCGUCUGUAUAGAUGGGAGUAAAGAUUAUAAAAAUGUGAAUCCUAGUAAAACUGUAGUCCAGUCAUCAACUAAUGACUAAGACUGUACGUUAAAAGAGUGCAUUACUCGUACUCUUGAUUCACCAGUUGAUGUAUGAAAUAGUAAAAUCACAAAGGAUAAUUAGGGCGCAACACGCCGCGCGAUAGAAAGGUUUAUUCUGAUACCAAGAGAGUAUUAUAUUUAUAUUUGCGUGACAAUGUAUCAUUAUUUACAAUCGAUAAUUUACGUGUGUAUUAUGUACACACGUUUUAUGCGUGACAAGUAUAAUCACACGGUGGAAAGUAUCCGCAACAAUAAUGUACGUAAUAUCGAUAGAGAUCGUUAAGAUGUUACAAGAUACAAGAGGCAUAUAGUUUAGUAUGCGAGUUGAAUCUAUUUAUUGAGAGUCGUUUAUAUCAUUUUAAUGUAAAAACAAUUGACAAAUAUAAAUUAGCAAUGCAAGUCAGAAGGAACGUACAAACGAUAUAUAUUCCGCAACUGAUGAUUGUUAUGGCAAUUAAGAUACGUCUUAAGAACGGCGUGAUCCCGAACAGGAGGAACAUUGACAGGCAAACGAUUAAAAGUUCAAUUAUUUAUUUACAAAAAUAUUUUACAGCGGAACACCCUCCGCACCUGUAAUUACUGAAUUAUUGAAAACUGAUACAAAUUCCUGCACGUAGAUGUAAAGUAAUCACGUGCGAUCAAGAGUUUAAAUUCCUUACAACGAUAAAAAGACGCUCGCUACAAUUGAUUCUCGUCAUAAUGAUGCACAAUUGUCAUGCAAUAUUGUCAUGCAAAUUAAUCGUUACAAGACGCGAAUGACGUCUGUUCAUAGAUAAUUAAAGAUAUGAUAUACCUAGUUACUCAUGUUCAUACCUGAUAAUUCAUUUUCAUGGCUGUGACUGCGUUUAUUUCUCUAUUUGCCGUCAGAAAGGUGCAAGAGAGCUCAAAUAAAACAUGUACAUCAACCCCAA